AUGGAUCCUGAAAUACAGAAAAUGAAGGAAGUUGUCCUUGUCUACCUUGACAGAAGCGGUGGCCUUCAGAAAUUUGUGCACGAUUGCAAAAAAUAUAAUGACUCAAAACAAAGUUAUGCUGUUUAUCGUUUCAUUAUUUCAAUUAAUCCUUCUGACAUUGCUGAACUGGAUGCAACUCUUGGAAACUAUAUUCUUCAUAAUCCCCUACAAGCUGCACAGAUUUUUCAGUCAGUAUGCUUUGUAGCUAUUAAGACAUUAUCAUUAAUUGAACAAUUGCAGACAGAAGCCCAGAUCAGUAUAUUGCUGAAACCAACACAUUUGCCACCUUUACCGAGUUAUAUUCUGAGUCUUUCUGCAUAUCCCUUUAAUUACACAUCUCAAAGAUUUUAUAUGUCUGAAGGGAUAGUGAUUGCAAUGGGAACUGUAACAAAAUACACACAAGGAGCAAGAUUUCUUUGUACUGAGGAAACCUGUCCAUUCUCUGAAGGGUUUAGGUGCAUCAGAGUGCAUUGUCCUGGAGCUACAGAGUCUGCUACAGUGAGGACUGAUUUUGUGUGUAGCUUAUGUUCUUCACCACUGCAGGAAGACAUGAAAUUUAGAGUACUUGGUGAUAAACAAAUAGUUGAAAUGAUUGAUGCUAAAAUUCUGAAUGCUUUGAAAGGACAUUCCAUUGAUAAAUCCCAUUUUAGGAUUCAGGCAUUUACAUUGUUCUUGAGAGAUGAACUGGCCAAUAAAAUGACAAUAGGAAACCACUACCGGAUUAUAGGAAUUCCAGCUUGUGUACAAAAUGGCCUACAAAUGACUGCAUGUAUAGAAGUCAAUAGUGUACAGCUCUAUAAACCAAAUGGUCCUUCUUUUGUCAGUGACAAUUUUAAGUAUCUGCUCUCACUGACUUCAAGUUCAUGCUGGAGGUUUUCUGCUGUCCUGGCCAACAUCUUUGCUUCUCAAGUUGUUCCACCGGGCACUUACAAUACUCUUAAACUUGCAAUAUUGCUGAGUCUAGUACAGACAUGUGAAAAAGAAAAUGCAGAUUAUCUGGAUCUCUUGAUUAUGACAAGUGACACACUAGUAAUUGACAGGCUUCUGAAUUACAGUUUAUAUCUUCUGCCCCGUGGCAUACGACACCCACCUUCCAGCGACAUUUUUCCUUCUGUGUCCAAAGAUACGCAUGGAACUGGAAGUGCCAGCAUUCAAGCCUGCAGCGCUGUGCUGGCCAAGGGUGGCAUCUGUUACAUAGGAGACUUAAGUUCAUAUAAAAAGGAUAAACUUGAACUUCUACAGUCUGUGCUAGAGAGCAGAACAACAACAGUAUUUAUUCCUGGGAAGAAGUAUGGAGAAGAGGCUGAUCAACAAGUCACUGUUUCAGUUCAGACCAACUUUUGGUCCUUUGUAGAUGUGGAUUCUUCCUCAAAGAAACAUAUACAAAAGGAGAACUUUCUAAUUGGACAGAUGGAUGUGAGUUUGAUUCCAGUUAACCUUGUAGAUGGUUUUGGGCUCUUGAUCUACAAUGAGUUUCCUUCCUGUCGCCUGUCUUCUCCUGUUGUACAUCACACCUUGAAAAAAGCCAUUAACCCUGAAGCCAUGCUGCACAAAGUUUCACAGCAGUUCAGAACACAGGAUUACGAGGAGUUUAUUUUAUUUGCUAGGAAUCUUCAUGUUGAACUGAGUUCAGAAGCAGAAAGUCUCAUUCAGGGCUAUUAUCUGGCAAGUCGCAGGGUGAGAAGAGAUUCCAUUCAUGGAUCAACAUUAUCAGCCUCUGCACUAAAAAUUCUGAUUUCACUGGCUAAGGCUCAUGCCAAGCUCAGUUUAAGAAAGACAGUGCUUGAGGAAGAUGCAGUGAUUGCAGUCUUGUUACUUGAGUCAUCGCUGACCCUGAAACAUGGCACAUCUGCACUACGUGUAGCACCAAAUCCUGUAUUUCCAUUUGACCUCAGUGAUGAAAACUCCCUGCAACAGAGAGAUAUUUACCUCAUGCAAUGUCACCAUCAACUGCUGAAGUUUAUUGCUGCCUAUAGCCCAGGAAUUCACAUUAACACUACUGAAGAGUAAAAUCUCCACUCUUAAGUAAAGCCUGAGGCUUUGGCUUUUUGAGAGGCUGCAGCUAGAAAUCCAAAAUUACUAAAAACUUAGAAGACAAAUCAGUGAUGUUUUACUAAGGAAUAAAGCAUAGCUGACAGGACUUGAGUUACAAGUUUUGCAAGUUAUUUGAAGGCAGGAGGGAUGCCUUCAUCCUGGAAAGCCAUGGCUUCAGAAUACAGUCCCAACCAGAACGUCUCUUCCUGGCUACCACUCCAUUCACAGCUAAGCAAGGAAUAAUUUAGGAUUCAUGAUUUUUAAUAAGACUACAACUAUAAAUUAAACCACCAGUUCAGAAUCAAACAUUUUAUUUCAGCAGUUUUUCUUGUUGCUUCCUUUUAAAUGUAUCACCCACCCAAAGGGUUAAGGAGUUUUAAGAACAUUAACACCCUUAUUUUCAUAGUUUAAGUCAACAGUCUUUACUAACUCAUGUUGUAUAGAUUUUGAAAUGUAUAAAAGUAUUAUCAUACUGCUUCAUGUUCUGUGUCUUUUUUUACACUACAGCAAGAUGAGAUUAGACGAAUGCCACAUGCUCCUGCAGCCAAAACCCAAACGAAACAAAAAAGCCCAACAAAACAAACCAACCACAAAAGAAACCCACCAAACCACCCCAACCUGCAAAACCCAGUGUUUCCACAUCGUUUUAUAUAGACUCAGGGGAUAGUAGAGUGCUUCAGUUAGGUAAAAGAACAUUAGACAAGCUGGUAGACAGGUAACUCAAUGAGUUCAGCUCUACCUCACUGUAAAAACAAAUGAAGAAUGUGUAGUAGGAGAUGAGGUGUUUGGACCAUCCUAUGCUUCCCCAGCUAUGGACUUUCCUCUGUUUCAUCCUCCUAGUAAGGAUAUAGCACUAGGCAUAAUCCUCAGCAAGCCUUGCAUCCAAGAAAUACACCUUAAAUAAAAAAGCUGCAGUAAAAUUGUCCAGACUUCCUGUCAAAUCUGGACAAGCUGAAUAAUUAAGGCUUGUAUUACUCCCACCCAGGAUGUCAUCCAGCAGGAUCAGAGUGCUACUGCUCCCAUAGCCUCAACAAAAAAAUAAGCUACUGAAAACAGAAAUCCAAGAUUUUAUUCAUAGCCACUACUAACACUGUAAACACUCAUUUAGACAACACAAUUUUCCCCCACAUUUAAAUCUUUGCCUUAUUCACUUUUGAUCCAUUUAUUGAUACACUCAAAAAUUCAUACUAAGUUCUAAGACUGCCCAGAAGGCCACUUCUCUUUCUAGAGUGACACUCUACCCUGAACUUCAUUCCAGGAUUAUUCAUUUUCAGUGAACAGUUACUCCCCCUGUACUGUGGAACCAAGCAGUAUUUCUGACGAGCAGGAAGGGCAAUAGAAGCAUUUCCAAGUGCAUUAGAACUCCACAUUCCAGGCGCUGCUGUUUUCAAGCUAAGAACAAUAACAAUAAUGAAUUAGUUUCCUGUACCCUUAAUUAAUCUUACACAAAGGUAUUACUCUCACUGGCAUUUCAGAUCUCAAGAUACACAUCAACAAACAUUCAGAUGGGUAAACGGCAAAAGUCUCAUCAUUAUGCCAGAAAAAUUACUCUUUAAGGGUAGACUGAAAUAGAAUCCCUUUAUAAAUCACUAUUUUUGAGAAGUAAUAUUAAUGGAUUUUCUGCAGAAAGAGCACAACAUUUUAUCCUUGCUUCUCCCCAGUUUCUCCCAUGAGCUCUUGAAAACUGGAAGACUUGUAGCAGUACGAGGAUAGUAGCCAACAUGGCCAGUGCAGGCCUUCCUGGGAUGGCAGUACAGCCUGCAGAAGCCUGAGCACUGUGACAGUAAAAAAGCAACUGACCUUCUUAAACACCCACACUUCUACAAGUGGGUGGACUCUCCUGUUGGCCCUAUGUGCACACACAAGGCUGGAAGACAGUGGAGGUGGUCAUCUGAUCACCUUGGAAAAAAAUAUAUAAAAUCAGAAAUGACAGGAGCAAAUCAAACUGGAAAACCCUACUGGUUAGCUGGCACAUCAGAUAUACAACACUGCUCAUCACAACAUUCAGUUGGGUAAACGGCAAAGGGUCAUCAUCACGAUGCCAGCAGUUUUCUGCCUACAUAAGGCUGCUUUUUCUGGGUACUAAAUACAAGGGAAUUGGUUUAGUUUGUCUCAAGAGUUGUACUUCCACAAGCUGAAGCAGAGCCUUCAUUUUAACUGCUAAGCACAGAACAGACUGAGUACAACCAAGAGAAAAACAGCUCUGUUUGGGCACAAAAACGCAGGUCCCUCUCUUACAUUCAAACCCCAGAUGCUGAGUAUCUUUCUACAGGUAAAGCUCACUACCAUAGUCACCUUUCCCUUUGGAACAUAUUCCAAGACUGACACAGUUGAAGUGCCAGCAUGGAUUGUGAUCUGAACAUACUGUUGUUCACUUAAUUCUCUCUGUUUCAGCUAACAUCCAUGAAUUCUUCAAAUCAAAAGUCAUGUUUCCCCAGUUAAAAACUAGGUUCUCUGAUAGAAGCCUCUCCCUUUUGACUCCUCUGGGAUUCUUGGAUUGCACCUGCUUUGUUCUGGGGAGCAAGUCUUAGGAGAUUUUAUAGCUGCCACAAUACCUUUUGUUAAGAUUUCAAUCUCUUAACCCUACAUACAAUCAAAUUUCUCUUUUUUCCAUCUGUAAGGGACUUUGCAAGCCAUUAAACAGCUUCAGAACUCUUGAUCUGGAUUUCGUGAUACUUCCCUAAACAUCUUUAAGUACAGUAAGAAAUUCUUACUUCCGUAGCUCCAGAAUUCACGUGCCAUCUUUCUGCUUGCAAGGCAUGGCAGAGUCCAGACUGAGGAUUCCCAAAGCCAGCAACAAACUCAUCUUGAGCUUCACUUUCUG